AAUGACACCGUCAGAUGAAAUAUUCGGGGAUGAAAAAGGAAAAUUAUUUAUUGGUGGUCUUAGUUGGCUUACAGAACAUGAUUCUCUUUAUAAAUACUUUGUUAAGUACGGUGAGAUAGUCGAUUGUGUCGUUAUGUAUAAUAUAAGAACCAAGAAGUCAAGGGGUUUUGGUUUUAUUAAGUUUUCUCAGGAAGAAGCGGCUGAUAAAGUGCUUUUAGACGCUCCUCAUAUAAUUGACGAUAAAGAAGUUGAUGUUAAAAUAUGUAAUCCUAGGCAUUUGAAUCAAGGACCAAUUAAAAAAGAUUUAGUAAUGAGUAGAAAAGUGUUUGUAGGAGGUUUACCUUUGACUUGUUCAAGCUUACAAUUAAAGAAUGUUUUCUCUCAAUAUGGAAAGGUUGAAGAAGCUGUUGUUAUAAAUGAUUCAACAGAAAAGUCAAGAGGUUUUGGCUUCAUUACAUUUAGAGAUGUUACAGACGCCGAGAAGAUAUGUAAAUUACAUUUCUUUCAAAUAAAUGACAAACAAGUUGAAUGUAAAAAGGCUCAAACUAAAAAAGAUUUGAUUAAAUCAAAAUAUCCCACUGUUUCUCACGGUGGCGAUGAUGCAGGAAAUUCGUCAUGCUUACAACAAUAUCUACUAGCUUGUCAUCAGUUUCAACUGCCCUAUUAUGAUUAUGCUGCAUCAUCAUUAUCAGAAGCGAAUUAUCUGGGCCAUGGUCUUCCUUGGUCUUUAAGUUCAGUUGGUCAACCCAUGAUGAACGCCGAAUCGAAUAGAAUAUAUCAGUAUCCAUCAGAACCAAUUUCGGCCUAUGCAACACGUCAAAAUGAUUUUUCUGACUUCUUUCAUAUGUACAAUCAACCUGACCUACUAGUUUCUCCUCACUUGACCUCAUCAUUACCGACAAUAGUCUCAAAGAAAUUACCUCACAGAAAAGUUUAA